AUGGCGGCACAGCAGGACCUGCUCUAUUCCUCCUCUGAGGAGAAAAUCCUCAAUGCCCCAGAUGAAAUACCCCACACGGAGAGCCUAAUCUCCACACAUCAGGGGGAAGAUCGGACAGCCCCAGCUACAAGGGGAGACAUCAAGACACUAAUGCACAACAUCCGUGCCUUUUUCAAUGCUGACUUAAACAUAAAAAGGGAAGAUAUCACAGGAGUCACUGCCAGAGUUCAGGCUACAGAGGACAGCAUCCACUCUAUCACACAACAGCAGACAAGCACAAAAGAACAGAUGCAACAACUCCUUGCAGCAAAUAAAGCCAUGCAGAUCAGACUAGAUACCACGGAGACACAAAAACCUCAAAAUAAGAGGCAUAACAAACAAUUCGUGACCAAGAACUGCCGCAUUUAA